AUGACAGCCGGUAAUUCGAGGAGAAAAACACUCGAGGCGGGGAAGAGGCGCGGGGCCGUGGCAGCCGAUUUUUCCAGUCAUCGAACCGGUUCCGGCUCACCUUUGGAACCAGCGAAUGGUGUUGUGGACAUUGCACGUUGGCUCAGCCUGUUGCUUCCUUCUACUCUUCCACAAUCACUCCAUCAACACGGUCGCAAGCAUUCGGUGAAAGCUUUUCGGGACUCGAGGCAGAACAUCGACCGACUCAGCCGAGCAAAGCACGCGGCCCUUCGAUCUGCAUCUGCAACUGCGUUUGCAUCUGCGUACGACGAGCACAACAACCGCACUCGCCUUGCCUCGGUCGUCGCACACCAAGAUACGGGACUUGGAGGACACGCUCAUCUCGACGUCGGUGGAGCAGAGGUGGAGUUGCGGCAGUGA